AAUUAUGUUAAAAAACAGACAGUGAGAGCGACCUGUGUGUCUCUACAUAUAAACACUGAGGCAGCCACCCACUCUUCCCAAUAACAAAGCAUCCACCCCUUCCCUUCAACAAACCUUGAGUUGAGAGAGAGAAGAGAGGAGACAACAAGAGACACAGAGGUAACCGGCUCACGCUUGUUUCGGUGGCCGGCCAAUCAUGGCCACCGUGGGGCAGUCCGGGGCCCUGAGGAGGGUCACCGUGCACUACGCCAACUCACCCACCCGCAGCACGGUGGCAGAGGUGAGCCUUGACGACUUCGACGACGAGCUGCUCCAGUUUGUCCUCGCCGAUCUUCUUCCUGGCCAGGAAGGUUUACACCAAUCGAUCUUGGAAGGAGCAUACAGCAACCAGAACCAUAUGAGAGGUGCAGGGCCCCAUGCCCCGUAUGAUUAUUCACAGGCACAGGAAUACCAUGGAGAGAGCAGCACUGCUGCAGCAGCAACUGCUACCAGGAAUUCAGGCACGGAUCAACAGAUCGCCUCAGACUUCGAGUACGCCAAGCAGCUGCAGCAGGAGAUGGAGGACCUCAGCGUCGAAGACGACGAUGGCGACGAUAUCAGCUGCGUGCCGUCUCCAUCUGACUCCGACGAUGACCAUGACCAUCACGACGAAGAGGAAGAGGCUGACAGGCAGGAUGGCAAUGGUGAUGAUGAUGAUGAUGUUGAUCCAGACAACAUGACUUAUGAGCAAAGACAGGCACUUGUAGAAUCUGUGGGGACUGAGGACAGAGGUUUAUCCGAUGAGCUCAUCUCCUACCUGCAGCCAUGGAAGUACAAGGCAGUCAAGGCUUCAGGGUUUUUCUCCCGGAAAACAAACCAUGAAGACUGCCCUAUCUGCUUGUCCACUUUCAGAAGCCGUGAAACCAUGAUAACGUUGCCGUGCAGGCAUCACUACCACGCAGCUUGUGUCACCAAAUGGCUCAAGGUCAACAAGACAUGUCCUGUAUGCAAAUAUGAACUGUUUGGACAUUCCUAGCAUCCGACCGCGUCACCGACCGAGCUGAUAAAAUGAUGAGGCGUCACACCCGGCUGGUUGCAUCAUCUACUUUUUUAGUGUCAAGAAAAUUGAAAAUGAAAAAAAAAACAAUCCAAAAGGAGAAAAAAAAGUUAGAAGUAUAGAUGCUUGAUCACCCAAGGAAAAGAAAUGAAAAAGGAAAAAAAAAAUGAAUUUUAGGUGUUUUUAUUUUGCCUUUGGCUUGUGGAAAUGUAUUUUAAAGAGACCCAAUUUUAUAGUUGGUUAGAAGCUUGCUCUUUCUCUUGCCAUGACUAUAUGUAUUUGUUGUGCGAUGAAUUAUGAAAACUGUUUUCUCACAAAACAUAGCCAUUUUUUUAUAU